GAUCCUGGGGCAUUGUGAAAUGGCAAGAGGCUGCAGCCGGCCCGCCUGCCUUGUCCGCUGAGCCCUCUACCCGCACGGCUUCGGCCCCGCCCCUACCCCACGCCCCCCGGGCGAGCGGUUAAAUCCCCCCUUCCGGGCGGCGCCUCACUCCCGCCCCGGCGAGCACCAUGCCUAGCUGCCGCCUCGGUCUGCUCGUCGCUGCCCUCCUCCUUGGCCUGCUGCUGGGCCUCCCCCCGGUCACAGGCACAGGGGCAGAGAAAUCAGGCGUGUGCCCCUCGCUGGAGGUGGACCUGAAUUGCACGCAGGAGUGCCUCUCGGAUGGGGAAUGCGCGGACAAUCUCAAGUGCUGCCGGGCCGGCUGCGCCACCGUCUGCCAGAUGCCCAAUGAAAAGAAGGGUUCCUGCCCUCAGGUGGACAUCGCCUUCCCCCAGCUCGGCCUCUGCCUGGACCAGUGCCAGGUGGACAGCCAGUGUCCUGGUCUGUUGAAAUGCUGCCACAAUGGUUGCGGGAAAGUGUCCUGUGUCACACCUGUCUUCUGAGCCACCAGCCUGAGGAGUGGGGGAGUGGAAGUGUCUGCCUGGCCCUGUCCGGCUCCAGCCCAGCGCCCUCCUCCCUUCCUGGCCUCUGUGCUCCCUCCUGAGCGGCCACAGCUGCUUCUUUUCCAACCAAUAAAGUGACCACUUCCAGCACC